UCUUCGAUAAUAUUAUGAUCUCACUUCGUACUGUGAACACUGUCGUAUACGAAUGCUCAAUUUGGGGUUUGUAAAUGUUAUCGAAUUAAGUUGACGUUAGUUCAAACGAAUUUCUCAACAAGAAAGAUGGAAGCCAGUGAUAAAAUUAGCGUGAAAGAAGAACCAAUCGACUUAUUGCUCGGUGAAAAUGAUUACAUUGUAAUUAACAAGACACCCGACGUCAACAAUUUUCAAUUCCUAAGACAUCAGCAAGAAAAUCAAAUUCAAAAAUCUGACGAAAAUCACGAAAGUGAACUUAGCGACUUGGCUAUCGAGUUGGAAUGUAAAGACAUGAAGCCGAGCUUGGAUUUAUUAGCAGUUAUGAAAAUUGAAAAUUGUUCUGAAGAUCACUUGGCGGCUAUUGAAAAUGGUAACGAAUAUCAAACUCAAAGCAUUAAAUUAGAACCUUUGGAUGCAGUAAAAAAAGAAUCGUUUGUGGACGACACAAAUCAAUCAAGUAUGAACUCAAAUUGUGAACUUUUUGCGACAAUGAAAAGAAAAACAGUUGUAAAAAAUGGGGAUUAUAAACAUAAACUCAAAAAACACGUUGUUGACAUGUCGAAUGGUAAAAUCGCUUAUCCUUGUGAUACAUGUGGAAAGUCAUUCGGACGUAAGAACAAUCUUAAAAUACACAUCGAUUCGAUGCAUCUUAAAAUCACCCACAGUUGUGACAAAUGUGGAAAGUCAUUCGGACAUAAGAGCACUCUUAAAAAACACAUCGACUCGGUGCACCAUAAAAUCACUCAUGCUUGUGAUACAUGUGGAAAGUCAUUCUCAUGUAAAAUUUAUCUGAAAAAACAUAUUGAAGCGAUACAUAAUGGUAAAACUCCCACAUGCCAUAUCUGCGGAAAGACGUUCUCUCAAAAGGGUAAUCUUCAAACUCACAUCAACUCGAUGCAUAAUGGUACAAUCACCAAUUCUUGUGAUACAUGUGGAAAGUCAUUCGGACAUAAGAGCAAUCUUAAAAUACACAUCGAAUCGGUGCAUCAUAAAAUUACUCAUACCUGUGACUUAUGCGGAAAGUCAUUCUCAUUUAAAGAUUCUCUCAAAAAACAUAUUGAAGCGAUACAUAAUGGUAAAACUCCGACAUGCGAUAUCUGCGGAAAGACGUUCUCUGAAAAGGGUAAUCUCCGAACCCACAUUGAUUCGAUACAUAAUGGCAAAACUCCCACAUGUUAUAUCUGUGGAAAGACGUUCUCUCGAAAGUGUAACCUCCAAACCCACAUCGAUGCAGUGCAUACUGGUAUCACAUAUAAAUGUGAUACGUGCGGAAAGACGUUUACUCAAAAGGGUAGUCUCCAAACCCACAUCGCUUCAGUGCAUAAUAGAGCGAAAAGUUACGAAUGUAAAGUGUGUGGCAAGAAAUUUUCGCGAAAGUAUGUUCUGAAAAAUCAUAUCGAUUCGAUACAUAACUGAAUAAAAAGUUACGAAUGUGACGCGUGUGGCAAGAAGUUCUCGCUAAAGGAUGUUCUGAAAAAUCAUAUUGAUUCCACGCAUAUAUGGAAUUGCACAUACCCGUGCGAUUUUUGCGGAAAGGUAUUUUCCAAAAAAUGGAAUUUGAAAACUCACAUCGACUCGGUACAUAAUUGUCAAAAACCUUACAAAUGUGACACGUGCGGUAAGAAAUUCUCGCAAAAAGUUCAUCUUAAAAGGCAUGUUAAUGCAAUGCAUGUUUGUGUCACACCUAUGCGUGAGAAGCACGCGGUAAGUCAUUUUUAAUAAGUAGCAAUCUCAAAGGACACAACAUUUCAGUUCGUGAUAGUAUAAUCACCUAUCCAUGUGACGCCGGUGGAAAGAUAUUUUGUGCGAAGUUAAAAUUCUCAAGUACAAUGUCGCAUGAACAUUAACUAAUCUUCAAAACUGAUAUUCAAUCGUGUAAAAUACUGUGAUUUCAAUGGUGAGCUAUAAUCUCUUGUGUAAUAAUUAGACUAAUGCGAACAUUUUUAUUAAUCAAUACAUAAAAAUCAAGUUCUAACUACAUGUAAGCGUUUGAAAAAUGUAAAAUCAAAUGUACUAUAUUGACAAUUUUAGAUAAAUUAAA